AUGGAUCUAGUUCCUCCUGGCACGCGGCAGAGCAUGAAUCCGCUCCCUAUGCAGACUCGACAGUACCAGUAUGGCAUGACGCCCCAAAACUACGCGGACCCCUCCCGACAGCCGAUGCAGAACCCGAUGCAAGGACGAGGGAUGUAUCCCAUGGCCUCCAGCUAUCCUCCUGCAUCUCACCACCAUCCUCCUGCUCCGUACUACGGCAACGUGGCGCCUACUCCUUUGCAACCUGUCCAACGUGCUCCCUCCCAGUCCACUAGCCCUCCUCCCAUCAAGAUUGGAAGCGUGAUCUCCUUGAAGCUGACAGUUCCGUACAGUGAGCUGAGAUACGAAGGCAUCCUCGAAGUCGUGAACCCGACUCAAUCUACCGUACAACUCGGGAACGUGCGAUGCCUGGGAGACGAAGGGCGACGAGGACCGGACUCAUUCGUUGCUCCUUCCGAGCAAAUCUACGAGAGAAUCGUCUUCCGUUCGCAGGUCAAGCAUGAUGCCUUGGCGUCUCGCCACCUCAUGCCAUGGCAGGACAUCAAAGACAUUCAUGUGCUCAACCCGAGUCUGCACGGUCCAGCAAGAGAUCCAGCAAUCGUCAGUUAUCAGGUUGGCACUCCCAAUCCGCCCGCCGUGAGCACUUCGACUGCUCCUGUCGAGAAACGUCCAUCCCAGAGUUCUCCCCUGUCUUCACAGGCAGCCAACGUCUCUGCUCCUGCUGUUCAGAAGCUCCCGCCAUGGUCGAAUCCAGGAGACGGUCUGCGAUUGUUCAAACCGGGCCAGGACACUUCAAAGUUUGUGGGCAAUGACAGGAGGCAGAGUGCUUACGCAGACUAUAACAUGAACGGGAACGCUCCUUCGAGGACGGGGACGUUCCAAGUGCCCAGGGGUGAUGGAACAUAUCCGAGACGAGGCGUUGGUCACUUCCGGAAAUCCGAUCGCGAGGACCUGCACCUGGACAUCGCGGCGCUUUCAAACCACAACACGACAAUCAGUGUUCCCACCGACUCGUACAACGCCACCGAAUCGUUCUGGGACACAAUCUCACGAGACGACCAAGUUUCGAGAAAGGGGGGAGGAAGGUUCUACCGACACGAUAAGGAGCUGGAGACCUUCGGCAUGAUGUGGAGGACUUCAUACAGGGGGAGGUCGUGCUCGAUACAGGAGAGCCAUGGGAACAGGCAUGAGAGCACCUGA